UAAAAUUUUGUUUUCUGUCUUAUCAGUUAUCCCUAGUUAAUUGUAAUUCGAUUUUGUAAUUUGGAAAUCAUUUUAUUGCAUUUUACAGUUCAAAUUUUCUGUAUUAACCACUAAAAACACCCGCCACUAAUAGUAGUUUUUUUAAAAUAUAAUAUAAUAUAUUCUACGAUGAAUGUACUAAAUAAAUAUUUUGCUUAUUUAAUGUUAGCGGAGAGAUUACUUUCCUGUUAGUAACAGUUUGGAAUUAUAUAAGAAAUGGCCUGUCAAAUAGAAGAAAGAAAAUGGCUUAAGAAAAAAGAAAAAGCUUUGUUGGAAAACAAUUUUGACAAUUUGUAUUAUGCUUGUAAAGAGUUGGCUGACAUUUAUUUUGAGAAAGAAGACUACGAGCAUGCUUUAAGUCAAUACGAACAGUGUGAAGAUGCGGCUCGUCGCUGUGGCGAUGAUAUUCGUUUAGCAGUGGCUAACAGAAUGAUUGGUGAAAUGUAUUGCUACCUUAAUGAUUUUGAUAAUGCUGUAAAACAUCAAAAAAUUCAUUUAAAAAUAUCUCAAACAAAAAAUGAUAUUGUAGAACAGCAAAGAGCUUUAGCCACUUUAGGUCGGACACAAUUCUUAUGUUCUGAAAUGUGUGAAAGUCAUGAGUUGUUUAAAAAAAGCGAGGCCUUAAAAACGUCAGUUAAAUAUUAUUUAAAGAGUUUAGAAGUAUGUAACAAACUUGGAAAAGAAGUUGGCGCCAAAACUUUGUCUGAAAUGAAAGCUAGACUCUAUAUUAAUUUAAGUCUAUGUGAAGAAUCAGCUGAUGAACUAAAUAAGUCCAUGGAGUAUAUAAAUAAAGCGAUGAAAAUAUGUUCUGAUGCUGAGUUAAUUGAAGAGCUGUGCAAAUGUUAUUCCAUUAAAAGUACAUUGUAUUCUAAACAGGAUAAUUUUUCCAAAGCAAUUCAGUGUGUUGAUCAAGGUCUUCAAAUAGCAUCGAGGCUUCAAAACAAAAAAGACAUAGGUACGGAACUUUUAUCGCUUAAAGCAGAUCUAUUAAUCGAUAUCAACGAUUAUCAGACGGCCAAAAGUGCUAUGGUUAAGGCGUAUAAAUUGAAAGUACAUUCUAUAAGUGAGUUUAAGGAGGUGGAAAAAAAGCUAAAAAUUAUAAGCCUAAUGUGUAAAACUGAAAACAGUCUUUUAGUUGUGUCACAGGUGGACUAUGAUCAACGAAGACAGUUAAAUGAAAAAUUGGGCGACGCUUGUAUUGCGUUGAAAAAAUAUUCAAAAGCGAUUUCUUAUUAUGAGAAAAUGUUGGAAAAUUCUGAACAUUGCAGCAUGUCUGGGAAGAGCUUGAUACCUUGUUAUGUUUCAUUGGCACAUACUUAUAAAGACAAUGGACAAUUUUAUCAGGCGCUAGAAUACUUCAAUAAAGAAUUGAACGUGUAUGAUGAAAACAGUAUUGAGGCGUGUAAAACAUUGUUAAAUAUCGCUGAUGUUAUGGAAGCUCAGUACGAUCCUUUUGAAAAAAUUUGGUUGAUAUACGAAAAAGUUAAAUCGAUAGCAAAAAAAAAUAACAAUGGACAACUUCAGUUGGCUGCUGUAAAAGGAAUGAAAUGCCUAGCCGAAGACAGAGAACAGACUGAACUGAUCAAUGGUUUGUCCAGCGAGUUAAAUUCACUUAUGGAGUAUGAAGCGGAUUCUGUUGAAACUGAAAAUGAUGUACCUGAGAUUUGGGAUGAAAUUUCUUUAAACGAAAUUUCUGAUUUUGAAGAUGAAGAAGACAAAAGAAGAAAGAGACAAAAAAUAACAGCAAUUCCAGAAAAAAGAAACGAGAAAGGAGAAACCCCUAUUAUUCCCGCUUGUGCUAAGGGUAACGUCAAGUUAGUUUUGAGCCUAUUAAAACAAGGACAUUCUGUUAAUGCUGGCGAUACUCUCGGUUGGACGGCAUUGCAUGAAGCUAGCAAUUAUGGUUAUGUCGAUGUUGUUAAUGUCCUUUUAGAUCACGGGGCCGAUAUUAAUAAUCGAGGUGGACCUUGCUGUGAAGGUAUAACUCCAUUGCACGAUGCUGCAGCUUGCGGAAAUUUAGAAGUUAUAGAUUGUUUAUUGGACAGAGGGGCAAAUCCCUUGGUUAGGACUAAUCAAGGUGAAACUCCCUUGGAUUGUUUAAUAGCUUGUCGCAAUCGAGUUAUUCUGGAAGAACGACGAGAACUAAGUCCAGAUCGGUUGGCUCAUUUCUGGGCGAUUGUUGACCGCCUUAGUGAUUGUUUGCGUAAAGCAGGUCAUACCCCUCCGGUUCCUUUGACUGAUGUAGAAGAAAUUUUAAAAAAUGAGGAAAAACCUGUAGAUAAUUAUUUAGGAACGGUACCUGAAAACGACCGCAGGAGAAAUAAAAAAGCUUGUAAAGUUAAAGAAAACUUAAAAGAAACAGAGAACACUACAGCGGCCAAAGAUUACAAAAAUACAAUUAGUCAAUUAAGGAACAGUAACAAGAGAAGGCGGGACGAAAUUGAAGAUAUUAAACAUUUUGAAAAAACCCAAACACCGUUGGUUGAAAAUUCAGCCGAUGACUGGUUGGACAACGAUAUAAUAUUAAAACCAAAAAAAAAACAUUGUACUGAAACAUCUGUUAACAUUUAUUCUCCUAUUGAUGAUAGCGAUGAUUGGUUCAAUGAUGACCUACUUCCGGAUCUGGUGUCUGAAGCUGAAUUGAAAAGUAAUUCAAAAAGUCCAUUAACAAUUUCAGAUGAAGAUUCUGAUAAUAUUUUAUUAUUCAAUAAUGACAAGAAUAUUGAUUUUGAUAAAAAAAGAUACAAGCCACUGAUGUUAUCGACUAGUAAAAAGAAAAGUCAGCAAAGUAAGCUAGAAAAACAAGGAUUUUUAAGGGUGAAAAGUAAUUUCCAAAAAGAAGAUGAACAUGUAUCGGCAUCGGUUUUUAAUUCCACUAAACGAGAUGAACCUACAAAACAAGUGAAUUGUACGAUUAAGGUUCGAGUUGAUAAUCGUCUGUUUCUUAUACCUAUACCGUCAAACGAAGAAAGUGUGAAUUUAAAGUGGUUGGCAACUGAAGCUUCACGACGUUAUCAAAAGCUAGAAGGUGUAAAGCCAAUUUUGAAUUUAUCAACUGAAGACGGAGCUUUGUUGGACGAAAAUGAUCCAAUUAAUUUAGUAUUUGGUUUUCAAGAAAUAGUAGGCACUAUCGUCAAUUGGAGUACCGAAACAUUAACGGAGAUGUACAAAAAGUCUUCAGUUGAUUCAAAUACCGCUUUUGAUGAACGAGUUUCACAAUAUUUAGAUGUUUUACAAGCCACCAGUUGUUUGAAUAUGUCUGACUGUAUUGUGGACAAAAAUGUAUUAAGUAUUGCAUUGAACAUCGCUUGCCGUUAUCAAGGUUUACAAGUAUUGUGUUUGUCCGGUGUGGCCCUUGAAGACAGUGGAAUGAAAGUGCUAUCGGAAAAUCGUUCAAACCUACAACAAUUAUCCAAAAUAGAUUUGAGUUGCAACAAUAUUAGUUGGAUAGGUCUUAAACAUUGGAGUUUAACUGCACCCGACAAUAAAAGCCUGGCUAGCCUAGAAUCAUUGGAUAUUAGCCAUAACCCUAUAACCAAUGCCGGUCUAAUACAUUUGCGUGCAAUAACACAACACUGCAUUAGUCUGCGGUCGUUAUGGCUAAGAGACAUAGACAUUGACCAGGACUGUUGCGAUUAUGCGUCUGAACUGUACUUGGACAACAUCGAAGAUCUAGAUUUGAGUUUUAACAACUUGGGACGUACUGGAAUAUCUGGGUUCUUUACACGAUUGGAUCCCACGUGCUUGAAGUAUUUGAAUAUCCGUAAUACUGGUACAUCAACAGUAUUACGUGAGUGCGCAUUGUUUUUGGAACGAAGUCAAGCUGAUCAACUACAUUCAAUUGAUUUAUCAAGCCUAGACUUAGACGACGAAGACAUAGACAUACUCUGUAGUUGUUUGGAAUCUGCAGGGAACUUGCAGCAUUUGUGGCUGGCGAACAAUCCUAGAGUAACUCAGAUGAGCUUGGAUAGAAUUAAACAUUUGAGCGUUAAGUUUGUUUAUUUGGCGGGUUGUAAACCAGUGAAUGUUUCAUUAGUUGAUAGUAUCGAUCUUGAAAAAAUUUCGUUGACUGGUUAUGGACAAUCGAAAUUGUUUAAAGAAGCUCCUUAUAAUGUUAAAGUAUUGCUGUGAUUUAUUUAUUUGUGAAUUUUAAAUAACAUAUAUUUUACUUAUUAUUUAAACAGUAGUUUAUAAAAUGUUUAUUUUGAUAUUGAAUAAUAUUAAUUAAAUAGAAAUUAACUCUCAUUCAGAGUUAACUGUUUAGCUGGAAGUCUUU